AUGAAUGCCGCUCCCUAUGCUUUACUCUGCCUCGCUGCUGCCGCAGCCAACGUUGCUGCCGUUGGCGAGAAAAUGAAAUGUUCGACCUAUGCUGCUGUCGGCGCCAAAGGAUUCACUUGCAAUGACCGGUCUGAUAUUAUUUGCACCGAAGGCUGCAAGUCAUUCGUCACGAUAACCAACUGCACUUUGCCAAGCUACCCGAAAAAGCCGGUCACCACUGAACUCUGCACGAUUGGGUAUGGACGUGACACUGCCGCGGCCAAGGCUUGUAUCACUGGUCAAGGUUCAUUUCGUUGCACUGGCACUACAACUGGAUACGGCAGUUGCUUUGGGUGCGUGCCAUACGAUAAAGUCAGCUGGGCAAAAUAA